AUGAUUACAUCGGAAACUUUUCGUUUGGCUAAAUAUGAUCAAAAUGAAGCGACUAUUCCAUUGUACAAAUUAAUAUUUGAACUGAUUCAUUUUGAUUCAGAUUCAACUAAUCAAGAAAUCUUCAAAAAUAAAUUUUCUCAAAUGUCAAAAGAAAAAAUAGUUGAUAUAAUCAAACAUGAUCUAUAUAAACGUGGAUAUACAUAUGAACAUUUUUUAUCACUUGAUAACGAUAUGAAAAAAGGUAGUCGACAAUUACUUGUUUGUCUUGGUUGGCUUAUUUAUCAUAUUAAAUUUAUUGAAAAAUGUAUGAAAUUAUGUUUAAAAUCAAUUUUAAAUGAUAAACAAAAAGAUGAAAAUCAAAAUAUUAAAUAUAAUUUAAUAGAACAAAUAAAACAAACUUUAUCUAUUAAUUUAAAAUUACGUUCUCGUUUACAAACUAUUGAAAAAAUGACUUCACAAGAAAAUCAACAUAUGUCAUCAUUUGAAAAACAACUUUAUCAAUAUCCUCAUCUUAUAUCUCAAUAUUUAAUUGAACUUGAUAAAGAAAAUCAAAAAUUAAGUUUAUUUAUCUAUUGGAAUCAACAUGAAAAUAUCUUUUGGAAAUGGAUGGAAAGUGUACUUGAUCAACCAACAACAACAACAAUUGAAAAUAAUGAAUUAUUACAUGAUGUUAAUUGUCAACAUUUAGAAGCAGAAAAACAAAAAUUUAAUGCUGCUCUUGAUACACUUGAUAGUGCAUUGGUACAACUUGAACAAUUAUGGAUAUCAAAUGAUACUCAUCCAUCAAUCGAACGUGAUGUUUCAUCGAUAAUAACAUCGAUUGAUACUGAAAUAUCAUCGCUUUUUAAUCAAUUAUUAAAUAAUAAUUUAAUAUUAAAAACAAAAUCAUUUUCAGAAUAA